GCCAGGGAGGGCAGCAGGGCACACCAGGCUGAAGGCUUACGCCACAGGGAGGGCAGCAAGGACAUGGGGGGAAGCGCCUUAAACCAGGGAGUCCUGGAAGGGGACGACGCCCCCGGCCAGUCCCCCUACGAACGGUUGAGUCAGAGGAUGCUGGACAUUUCCGGGGACCGGGGCGUGCUGAAGGAUGUCAUCCGUGAGGGAGCUGGUGACCUGGUGGCGCCAGACGCUACGGUGCUAGUAAAAUACUCUGGAUACCUGGAACACAUGGACAGACCCUUUGAUUCUAAUUGCCAUAGGAGAACUCCUAAGCUAAUGAAACUUGGAGAGGAUAUUACUCUGUGGGGCAUGGAGCUGGGCCUUCUGAGCAUGCGGAGAGGAGAGCUGGCCAGGUUUCUCUUCAAACCAACCUAUGCCUAUGGAACACUGGGCUGCCCUCCCCUGAUCCCCCCAGACACCACCGUCCUGUUCGAGAUUGAGCUGAUUGACUUCCUAGACUCUGCUGAGUCGGACAAGUUUUGUGCUCUCUCAGCUGAGCAACAAGACCAGUUUCCACUUCAGAAGGUCCUUAAAGUGGCAGCUACAGAACGGGAGUUUGGCAACUACCUUUUCCGCCAAAAUCGUUUCUACGAUGCCAAAGUGAGAUAUAAAAGGGUGCUUGCCAAGGCAGGUGGCAGUGUGGUCAGAGAGAGACUGCACACGUCGGAGUAUGCAGGUGUUGCCUACGUGUCCACCGAGUCCUCUUUCUGCUCCGUGUACAUGCUGAGGCACCAGAGGUUCUCACUGUCUGCGAUUGACAUUCCUUUUCUGUGUAUUUCUCUCUCCAGCUAUUACAAGGACUACACGGAUAAAGAGAAAGAAAUGUGUCACCGCAUGUUCGCUCCCUGUGGCGAUGGCUCUACAGCAGGAGAAAGCUGAAGGUUCUUCACCUGCCAACCAGAGGAGAGAGCUGUGGCAUUCUCCAUCGUUGGGGUGGAAGGGAGCUCCCUAGGGCAGCCGUGGCAGCCGCCUAUCUGGAGCAGGGGCUGGAGUGCCCCGGGCCGCGUCUCUGACAAACACCACUGAAAUGUGUUUUCACAGGUGCUGUUUUCUGUUUUUCAUGUUCAUAACAGAGAGGAGGGGAAAGCGUAGCUACUGACAAGUAGAACACUGCUACCUUUUGGAAGGCAGUUUCUUGUUUUUUAGAUGGAAUUAGUCCUUGGCUUCCCUCCCAGUCCCAGCCCCCCUUCCGGCUGCAAAUGUCCCUGGGUCAACACCAGUAGAGAUUGCUUUGUGUAUUUUCUAGGGUUCUCUGUUUUGAAGAGAGAAUUAUGUUACAAAUGUUUUUGUUGUAAAUAAAUAAAACACUUCCUUGUCUUUGCAA